AUGAGAGAGGCUGAGUACCAAAGACUCAAAGAUCUGUUUGAGAAGGAUGACGGAUUUAUUCCUACACCAAAGAAGACAUAUGAAGCAAUGUCCCUUGAAUUAUCUUCAAUUGAGAGUACGAUUAGAAUAUUCUUGUAUCUCAGAAGUCUAAAAGUUCAGAAUCAGUCAGUUCUGGUGUGCAGUCUUGAAGAGCAAUACACAACCAUUCUUAAAAGCAUCCCAAGAAACUUCAAACAAUUUUACUCCAACUAUGAAAAUAUAACAGCACAAAAUAAAAAAAUAGCAAUAAUAUGUGCAAGAGAAGUUAAAAGAAGUUUAUCUAGAACCUCAAAGACAAACCCGACACUCAAAAGUAAAAGAAUUAAUAAAGAACUAAGCUGUUCGAUUAAGAAGUUAACAAGAGAAGAGAUCAACAAACAGAAGAAAGAAGAAAAAGAGGAAGAGCAGAAGAGGAGGCGAGAAGAGAGGAAAAGGAGGAAUUAA